AUGAUCACCAACUCAGAUGGUUUCGAAGAGAAUUCGUUAUCACUCCCGGUAAGAGUUGUUGCGAAUGGCUGUGGAAUUCCAUGCAUUGACUUGAGGCAGGUCAGCUCUGAGCUUUCUACUGCAAUGGAGGCUGAUCUGGUAAUGGUGACUGAGUCCGUCGUAGAAUUGUGUGCGUGUUUGUAUUCAUAA